AUGCCUGCCAUUCAGCGCUCCGUUGUCGUCCGCGACACCCUCAACCUCAUCGCCAAGCGCAGCAACUGGGCUGCCCGCGAGCCUGGUGUCAUUGUCGUCUUCUGCAUCUGCUUCAUCGUCAUUGUCGGCCUCGUCGCUCUGUUCAUCCACAAGCAGAUCGCUGCCCGCCGUGAGCGCAAGACCCAGUUUUAA